CAGAGCGCUGGAGAUAAGAAAAGGGUUGUGCAUCUGUUGGGGCGGGGCCGAGUAACUGUCGCUCACGCGAGUUACCCAACAAAAUGGGCGUUCCUUCUUGACGCUCGGUCCAAUGAGAGCCUUCGCUGCUAUAGUCACCAUGGUGACGGGGUUGUGUCCGGGGAGGCUGUGAUGGGUUGACAGGUGCGUGACAAUCGGAGCUCUCUGCAAGCAUGUACGCCAAAGGCAAGAGUAACAACGUACCGUCCGACAGCCAAGCGAGGGAAAAGCUAGCGCUCUACGUGUACGAGUACUUGUUACAUGUAGGAGCCCAGAAGUCGGCACAGACCUUCCUGUCAGAGAUAAGAUGGGAGAAGAACAUAACGCUAGGAGAACCUCCAGGAUUCUUACAUUCAUGGUGGUGUGUAUUCUGGGAUUUAUAUUGUGCGGCACCUGAAAGGAGAGAAACCUGUGAGCAUUCCAGUGAAGCCAAGGCAUUCCACGACUACGGUUAUUACAGAGUCUGUCGGAUACACCUCGGAUCAGCAGAGCCUCAUGGGAGGGAUUGGGAGAGACGUGGAUGUAAUGAUUGUGUAUUUCUGAGGAUAUGCUCUCUUUGAUAGAUCCGUCUGUCUGAAUCUCAGGCCAAUGACACAGCGAUUUCUUUCUUUCCCUUUCUCCUCAAACAUCCUCAGAGAGAGAAAAAAGAGUGUCUGGACAUCUUUGCCAGCUUGAAAGAAAUUCGAUCAAUCAGUCAGAAGGAACUGGAAGCCUGUUUCCACCACAGUAUAAAAAUAAAUUAAUUGUCACUUUUUGUCUUUCUUUUCUGAGAUUCUGUCUCACAAUUUAGACUUUUCUCUCACAGUUCAGAGAAAAACAACAACUCAUAAUUGCAAAAUCAAAAUGUACAAGUCGGAGAAAAAUAUAUCUCGCCAUUGUGAGAAAAAAAAAGGUCAUUAGCAAUUAGCUUUUAGCGGAAAUAAAAAAACGUACAUUUACAUUUAGCAGAUGCUUUUAUCCAAAGUGACUUACAAAUUAGGAAAUUGAAGUAAUCAAAAUCAACAAAAGAGCAAUGAUUUGCAAGUUCUAUAACAAGUAGUUGUUAAGAACAGCACAGAUAAUAUAAUAAAUCAGACACAUUCUUUACAUUCACUAUUUUCCACAUUGCGUUGUAGGUGGUUGCGAUGCCAUUUGGUGGUUUAUAGUGCAUUUCUUUGUGGUUUCUAGGGUGUUCUGUGCGGUUGCUAGGGAGUUAUGAGUUCGACGCAUCACUGAUGAAGUCGUAAGGAGCUUUGGCAUUAAUUGCAGUAUCACUGAGGCUCGCUGAAGUUGGUGUUUCUGCCAGUCGCAGCGCUGCUGUGUUCAGUGGUAAAGAUGGGCUGCUGGCAGGUGCUGUAGUUUGUGUUCACAUUAGAAACAGGCCUUUUUCCAGCUGCUCCCAUUUACUUCUAAUCUACAAUCUAAGUAAUCUGGCAUUCUGUCACAGAUACAAUUCUAGUCUAUUCCAGUCAAUGCUCCAUUCCUGCAGAAUGUGCCCUGGAAAUGAGCUGUUCUCCGUCUAGACUUCUAUAUUUUAAUAACACAAUUGCAGCUCUGUUUUUCCCGCUAUAAAAAAUAAACUAUUACAAUCAGUUCAUCUUACUUUUUGUAUGAUGUUUAAUUGUUUGGUCAGACCUCAUUUAGAAAAAAUAAGAAUAUACCAUGAGAAGGAAAAAGAUAAAUCAGAUCUCUUUCAUAUGAUGUUUGAAUUGUUUCUCCAUGACAGAAAGGAGGUUUAAAUAAAGAGCAAACGGAGAGCUUUUAAGUUUCUUAUCUUAUUUUAUACCCCAUAAGAUAGAAAAAUCAAAAAAAGCCGUCUUCAAAGGUUUGUCUCUAUAUGUGACACGUGUCAUUUCUACUAAUUUUGUUAUUUUAUUUUAUUUUACUUUACAGUAUUUCAUUUUAAAGCCAACAGGAAAGAAAAAACAAAAGGCAGCUUCACAGAUUAGUUUUUUCUGCUGGUAAGACACAUUUAUUUAUUUGUUUGUUUAUUUUUAGAUCUCAAUUUAAACUAACAUUUAAAAUUUUCAAAUUGUUAGAAGACUAAAUCAUAUAAUCAAGGCAGUCCAAAUCUGCACUGUAUGUGAGCAGUCUCAUUUGUGAUGAAUUUUAUUACUCCUGAAAAUGUUAUGUAAAAGAAUUAUGAUAAAUAUGUAAAGUCUGCUAAGCUAUGAAAGAGCAAUCUCUGAGCUAUAAAGUUUUCCACAGGGUGCUACUUUAUUCACACUCGCAUGUAUAAGCGGAGAAAGAGGAGUCAUAUCUAAGAGUUAAUGAUAUUUAAGGGAGCAGUUUUACAGGCCAGCAGCAGUAAGGCAGUCCUUGAGCCACAUCCAGACCUCUGAUGAACUGAUAAAACACUGGAGUGCACAUUCACGCUGGCGCCGAAGAUGGCACAGCCCUGCCAUGCAGACGUGGCCAGACCCACAAGCCACAAGAGCACCAUGAGCUCAUGCUGCAGAGAACGGGACAGGCCCAUUUGCUGACUAACAUCACCAGAGUUGAACUAUGGGGGAACUGCUGGACUGAAUACCUCUCUUCUUGAGCCCUUAAGGCAGAUUAGAAUCCGGAAAGAUAAAACUGAGAUCAACAUGAGUUUGGAGGGACGUAUGUGAAGAGCAUGACAUUUUCAGUUGAGCCCAAUCCAACCCCACCCAGAGGAACCACCCUUCCGUCACCCCACAUGGCCUCUGUUGUAGUUGGUGCCAGAGGACACACCCUUCACUUAUACUCUUAAAUAUCACCUUUUAUCUCAGAUGUUUGUCCUAAAAAAUAAAAAUGAGACAAGUUCAUUUUAAACCCCUCAUGAAAGAAAAUUCAGAAGCCACACAUUCACAGAUUUUCCACCUUUACACAUUUGUCUUUUCUUGAGACAUAUUUGACAUAAAUAAUGUUAGUAUUUUUAUUUUAUUUAUUGCAAGACUUCUAGAUUUUCCAAGAAACAGAAGUUUGUAAUCAAAGAUCUCAAUAUAAACUCUUAACAUUUCUCAUCAAAUUCUUCCAAAUUAUCUAAGCUAUGCAGUCUUUAGCAAACUUUUGGCAAAAUCUUGCAGCAAAAAGUCGCUUUCGAAGCGGUCAACAAAGAAUAUGCUUGUCAAAUUUGAUUUCAUUGCAAAAUGUGUGAGGAAAUAUUUGGACCUAAUGUGAAAUUCCAGAUUGCUUGGACUGGAUUUUGAUGUCCACUGAAAUUUCAUGAAUAAAAAGUUAAAAAUGACCACAAAUUAAGAGUAUAAAGCUACAGUAUUAAAUGGAUGUGAAGUGUAUAACUCAGAUAAUUUGUUCUUGGCUAAAUCUGAUGAGAAAUAUUUGAUUGUCAUUGGGGGCAAUCUGAGCACAUAAUGAGAUACUGAGUCAUCUAUUGAAAAUCAAGAGGAUUACUGAGGCCUUUUAUUUUGAGAAAACAUCUGAGAAGCAUUAGAGUCUUAAUUUGCUCUUCAUCUUGUCUAGGAGAACCAAUCGAGAUACUAAAGCGAUCCCAUUUGUGAUUUUUCUUUCUUGUGUUGAUCCUCAGAGUUCACCCUGUACCGUCCUCCUAUAUGGUUGGAUUGAAAACAACAAAACUUAUGAAACUCUAAAGGAAAUCAAUGUUAAAUUAUUAGAGGCUUUUCCAGGGUGAAACAUCUGAGAAGCACAGGGGUCUCUAUCUGAGCCUCAUUGCUGUCUUGGAGCAACAAUUGAGAAAUUAAAGAAGUCUAAUUUGUUAUCUUUUUCCUGUUGUUAUUCUUAACAUUUAAGAAUCAACAGUGUGAAAAGUACUCUCAAAAUUUGAGAGUAUUGAAAGCCACAAUGCUAUUGAAACAAGGAGGCUUUUUUCUUCAGGAGAGACAUCUGAGCAGGGCUUUUUAUUUUGGGUCUCAUUGCUGUCUUGGAAGAAUCUAAUUUGUGAUUUUAAUUUCCUAAGUUGAUUCUCAAAGUUCACCCUUUACCAACCUCCUAACAGCCACAAAGUAAUUGUGAUGACAGCCACAAUUCUUAAGAAACUUGGAUCUUCUUUCAAAAGAAACAUCUGAGAAGCAUCAGAGUCUCAAAUUAGUAUUUUUCAGAAGAAACAGUUGAGAUGUUAAUAAAUCUCUUUUUUUUUACAUUAUGUUGGUUCUCAGAUGUGAUUGCAUUGAGACCUACAUUGCUUAUGACGUGAUAAAGAAUGCAAAUGCAAAGGUUCUUUCUCAGGAGAAACAUCUGAGAAGACGGCUUCUGUUUGAGAUAUCUGUGCACAGAAUGAGAUAUUAUUGAGGCAUCUAUUGAAACCCUAACAGAGUACUGAGAUCUUGGACCUCAAGAAUACAUCUGAGAGUUUCAGUUUGCUAUUCAUUUAGUUUAGGAGAAACUAUUAAGAUAUUAUAUAGACGUCUUAUUUGUGAUUUUUUGUGUGUGUGUGUGUGUGUGUGAUUUCUCAAGUUCACGCUUCAUUGACCUCCUGCUGACCACAAAGUGAUUGGAAUGGAAGCCACCACGAGUGGCUGGUGUUGUCAGAAACCACACGACGGGUUUGUUGUGGUCACGCGUGGGACAUGUCAGUGUGCAGACGAUACUGUAAUAGUCGGCUCUAAUUGCUUUAGUCGGAUGGAGGAGUUUCCACACAGUGCGGUUUAUUUCGGGCGAGCUCUUGGAUCUCAUUCCUCGUCUAGCGUUGGUGGACCUCCAGGGAGGUGCAGUGCACUGGAGCCGUUUCCUAGGCAACCCUUUUUUUUUCAUCUGGGCUUUGAAAUGAGGACCUGAUGUGAUUGUUAGCAGCUUGGGCUUGCGCCAUUUAAGUAUGCGGCUCUGUCUUAGCCUUCACUUCCCUGAAACACCAUGGCAUCACGAUUCCCAUGACUGACAUAUCGUCUGAUGGAAGCACAUUAGCGCACCAUCAAUAGGAAAUAUGCUAACGUAAGGGGAUCAGUGAUUCAUAUUACAUUUGUUUGGUUUUGUUGGAAAUCCAUGUUAUUAUGCGAAGGUAUGUUUUUAAUGACAUUGGAAUCGUUUUUAUUGGCCAUUUGUGGUAUGUUCCACUGAAGUGUAUAAUUAUAUUUCAAGUGCGAUCAUCAUUUACAGUCACUAGCAAUCAAUUUCAAGCAAGCAUCACUGUUACUAUUAAUAAAAAAGGACAAAUAAAUCGUAUCUAAGGUAUAGAACACACUAGUAACCACUUAGUAACCGGCCUUAUCAUGUAUCUAUUAAGUUACUAUACAUAUGUUUUACUUUAGCUGUUUUGCGACUGCAAAUGGGUCUCCGGUGCAGGAAGUGUGUAUAUUUAGCAUUCACGUUGUCAUCUUUUUUUCUCUCGUUUGUCAUCAAGUUUCUCAGUUUCCUGUUGUUGGUUGGGUAUUUGAUAACAAUUGGCUUUUGGCUGUUGACAUUCAGUAUAAUGGUCCAAAUAGGACAUGUGUUUACUGCACCUUUAGAUUCUGUUCAUGGGCCCUAUAUUUUUUUAAUUAUGCAGCAUUUUGUUUUUAGCAAGUUUUGGUUUAACACAAUAAUUUUUCACCUUCUAUUUGACCCUCAGAAAUAAACAGGCUGUUUUGGCCACUGUACCAUUUAAUAAUCUCUGUUUUGAAUGGCUAACCUCUUCAGAUAAGUGAUUAACAACGCCUCCACUAAAGCUGAUGAAUAUGGUGUUUGUGUUUUUAUGUAAACACGGAUGGUCAUAUCAGGAAUUUAACAGUUUUUCCCUGAAGAUUUCUACUUGCUUUGCCAACAUUUUUACUGGCACCAA